AUGAAUCCAUUGGAUCAAUUUCAAGCUACAAAGAACGCAUAUUACAAAGAUGCCAAAGAGAUCAAUUUCACCAAAUUCAAGGUUUACACAAGAGUUUGUUCUUAUUCUAUGAGAUUUCCUAAGUCUAGACAAUGCACUGGCUUUGAUUUCUGCUCCAUCCUCAAAAAGGGUAAUGAGUUAGUGGAAACCCACUACUUAGAGACUCUUCAUCAAGAACUAAAGAAGCAACUACCAAGCAAUCAUGCUCAAAUUGUACAGUUAUUUAGACUUACUGUGGUGGUUAUGAAGUGCAAGGCUGUUGAAUUUGCUCGGAAGCUUUCAAGCAAACUCUUUUUUCGACAUGUUCUUGAUGACAAUCUAUUGACGAUAAUCAUGUGUUAUCAUUUUUUGAAUGAUGAUCCAAUUGGGGGUGUCACAAUGUCACAACAUUCCUAG